AUGGCCGAGGUGCCUGGAAAGUACGACUCAUGGGAAAAGGAGCGUCUCAUCUCCCGCAUACGACACCUCGAGCAUGAACUCGACAAGCAGAAGGCUGCAGCCUCCAAGGCCGUCGACGGGGCAGCUGCACCCCCGCCGGCAAAGAAGCGCAAGACGAAGAAGGGGAUCGAUCCUUCGCGGUAUUCCACGCGCUUCAUCGCCUUGAAGCUGGCGUACCUGGGCAAGCGUUAUGGUGGUUUUGAGUACGCUGACUCGGCGGCUCUGCCAACCAUCGAGGGCGAGCUGUGGAACGCACUCACAAAGGCGUGUCUUAUUUUCCCCGAGGACCCGGCCGUCGUCAACUUUGACUGCUGCGAGUACUCAAAAUGCGGCCGUACGGAUCGUGGUGUGAGCGCGUUUGGUCAAGUUCUUGGGUUGAGGGUCAGGAGUAGCAAGCCGCUACCCAAGCCGGACCCUGCUCCGACGGAAGGGGAUGCGGAUACACCAAUGGAGGGCACCGCCGAAAAGACAGAAACCGAGGAGGAAACCAAGAAGAAGCCCGAGGUGGAGUGGUCAGACGAAAAGGAGAUUGACUACAUCAAGACCCUCAACCGCCUUCUGCCCGACGACAUCCGCAUACUGGCGUGGUGCCCCUCGCCCCCGCCAGGCUUUUCGGCGCGGUUCUCCUGCGAGGAGAGACAGUACCGCUACUUCUUCACCCAGCCCGCCUUCGCGCCGACAACAGGCGUCUCCGCAGACGGCUUGAAGGAGGGCUACCUCGACAUCGAAGCCAUGGACGCGGCGGCGCAGCUCUUCGUCGGCGACCACGACUUCCGCAACUUCUGCAAGGUGGACGGCGGCAAGCAGAUCACCAACUUUGAGCGGCGCAUGUUCGAGGCGGGCGUCGAGGAGGUCAAGGACGUGGGCUCGGCGCUGCCAUACCUUGGUCUGAGCUCCGCGGACGGGAGCAAGCUGCCCAAGGUGUACUCGUUCAACAUCCGCGGGACGGCGUUCCUGUGGCACCAGAUCAGGCACAUGGUCUCGAUCCUCUUCCUCGUCGGUCAGAGGCUGGAGAAGCCCGAGCUCGUGGCGGAGUUGCUUGACGUUGAGAAGACGCCGAGGAAGCCCAACUACGACCUCGCCAACGACACGCCGCUGGUUCUGUGGAACUGCGUGUUCCCUGGGGACAGGGAGAGUCGGACGCAGGAGGGCGAGAACGCGCUGAAGUGGGUGUACGGCGAGGCGGACAUCGUCGAGAACCUGUGGACGUACUACCGGACGAAGAAGAUGGACGAGCUGCUGGCCAACAGGUUGCUUGACCUGGUGUCGGGGCAGGCUCAGGGCACAGAGAGCCAGGCGAAGGGGAAGAGGGUGUUUGGUGGCGGGCCGUUGGGCAAGUUGGCGGGCGAGUAUGUUCCGAUUAUGAAGAAGCAGUUGACGCCGACGCCGGCCGAGAUCAACGACCGGUUCGCGCAGAGGAAGGGGUUCAAGAACUCUGAGGAGAUGAAGGAGUCGAAGAACUGGAGGAAAAUCAUCAAGGAUGCCAAGGUCGCGAAGAGGGCGGCUGCUGCGGCUGAAGCUGAUGAAUAA